AUUAAUUCAAUUGGCUUUUCAUAAAAAAUACAUGAAAAUGCUUCAAAUUCUUCGAAGUAACUACUUAUGCAUCAAUUAAACAUAUGUACUACCUAUGGGUCAUUUUGACCCGAAAUACAAUAAAAUAAGUACCUCUCAUUACGACUGCUUUGAUCCUACUGAUAAGUGCACUAAAUCCCCACAAUUAAUGAAUGAAAACAAAUUUCAGGUGGGUCACUAUGACCCAUCUCUAGUAGUUACGGGUUAAUGGUAAAGCUUAGAUUUCAAUUGUUUACAAGUGCUUACUUAAUUAACAAUUGUUAUGCAACUUCAAUUGAGCGUGAAAAUACAUAGAUAAUUGUUUAAACAAUUUUUCUAAAAAGAAAAAAACGGAACAACCAUGUGAUAAUUGUGUACACAUUGUUGGAUGAUAAUUGUCGAUACGGCACGUUACAUUCGAUUACGUUGAUAACGAGCAGCUAAAAAAUGCGGUGAACGAGAGUUAAAGCCACUCGAUUAUUUCAAUUAGACAAAUGCGAUUAUCACACUCCGAUUCGAUGUUUAAUCGCGAUUGAUUUGUUAAAUUUUACAAUUGUUGUAGAGAAUUCUCCUGAAAAAAAGUUUUACAUUCGAGCUUCAAACAUAUUUCGCCGAGCGAACGUCGAUCAUCGCCUAUUUCUGGGUGUUAUCGCCGUGCAGGAAAGGUCAAUCAAGUGGUUACCAGUCGUGAAACUUAGCGAAUAUGCCUUUUGUGAUUUGAAGGAGAGAGAAAAAAAAAGUUUAGCAAAAACGAGGACUAAGUGAAGAAGAAGGAAACAUGAAGCCAGAAACCAUCGAUACCAACGAGAAGAAGGAAACAAUAGACUUGAGCAGUUUCGAGGAGAGCCAAAAAUUAAGCAGCACUUAUGAAAUCGGGACCAACCGUUACGACUAUGAUAAUUUGAAUGAAGAUGGAGCUUAUGAAAAACCAAAACUCGACGUGAAAGGAAAACUCAGGAAAUCAUUAAAAUGCAAUCCUCUAACCAUUUUAUACUCAUUGAUCCCGGUCCUCGAGUGGCUACCAAAAUACGAAUGGAAAAAGAAUAUUUCAUAUGAUAUUUUGAGUGGAAUCACUGUAGCCAUCAUGCAUAUACCUCAGGGUAUGGCAUAUGGAUUGCUCGGAAACGUUCCUGCCAUUACCGGACUGUACAUGGCCUUCUUUCCCGUUUUGAUAUACUUCGUCUUCGGUACAUCAAGGCACGUAUCCAUAGGUACUUUUGCCAUCGUGUGCUUGAUGACUGGGAAGGUUGUCAAUAGUUACGGAAUUCCCGACGAAGAGGACCUCAUUUCUGCCUCUGCCAAUCACACUAUGAUGGCCACAGACUCUAUAUACACUAAGACUGAGGUCGCAGUUACCGUCACAUUCUGCGUUGCAAUUUUACAGUUCGUGAUGUACGUGUUUCGAUUGGGAGUGAUCGCAAAUCUCCUUUCAGACGUUCUCGUCAGUGGAUUCACCUGUGCCUGCGCCUUCCACGUGGUGUCUUCACAACUCAAAGAUCUUCUCGGUAUUUCCGUGACGAAGAGGCAAGGACUAUUCUCCAUGCUACUCACUAUAUACGAUGCCGUCAUGGAACUGCCAAACUGCAACAACAAUGCCGUACUCAUAUCUUUCGUAGUGAUCGUCCUGAGCAUUAUAAACAACGAGAUUUUGAAGCCAAGAUUAGCGACGAGGACGAAAGUUCCGUUUCCCAUUGAAUUGGUCGCUGUUGUUUUGGGAACUGCCACUUCUUAUUUGAUGGACUUUAAAAGUAAUUACAACGUGACAGUUAUUGGUGAAAUACCGACAGGUUUACCAAAUAUGACGAUACCUCGUUUCGAAUUGAUUCCGAGCAUCAUCAGCGAUGCAGUGAUCAUCACCAUUGUGUCUUAUGCAAUCACCAUUUCGAUGGCCCUGAUAUUCGCGCAGAAGCUGCAGUACGACGUCAAUGCCAAUCAGGAGUUGUUUGCUUUGGGUUGCGCGAAUAUUGGUGGUAGUUUUUCUGGAGCGAUGCCGGUCGCCGCUUCCCUAUCCAGAUCUAUGAUCCAGCAGACUGUGGGUGGUACAAGUCAGUUGGCUUCGGUCGUUUCUUGCCUCUUCAUCUUGAUCAUCCUCGUGUGGGUGGGACCUUUAUUCCAAUUCCUACCGCGGAGCGUUUUAGCCAGUAUCAUUGUGGUGGCUUUGAAAGGGAUGCUGAAGCAGUGCGAAAAACUACCAGUUUACUUCCGCAUGGAUAAAUGGGAUGGGAUCAUCUGGUUGUUCACGUUCUUGGUGACUGCGGUGUUUUCCAUCACCAUGGGUUUGGCUUCCAGUAUUAUCCUGUCCAUAGUUUUGCUCUUCUACAAGGGUCAGCACUCUCAGAGCUCAAUCCUGGGAAAUCUCUCAGGGACCGAUUUCUAUCUGGAUAUUAAGAGAUAUCAAGCGGUAACCGAGAUUCCCGGAAUGAAAAUCUUGAGGUACUGCGGCAGCUUGAAUUUCUCAACAAAGACGUCGUUCAAAGGGACGGUUUUCAAAGCCGUCGGCUACAAUUCCAAAGCGCCGAAGGCGGCAAAGAAGAGGAACGGAGAUGAGAACGACGUCGUUGCCAACGGGAGGGAAGAAGGAAACUCUCUGCUGGCGAUAAAAUAUUUAAUCCUCGACUGCACCGCUCUGACCUACAUCGAUCCAGCUGGCGUUGAACAGAUGAAGAUCGUUGUGGACGCGCUGAGGAAGACCGGCAUCGAAGUCUUUAUGGUGGGAUGUUCAGGUCCGGUGUACGAGAUGAUCAAAACCUGUGAUAAGUAUCAGGACAAGGAGAGUUCGUACAUAAUGUUUCCGACUAUAGCGACGGCUGUGACUUUCGCAAAAGCGCACUCGUCUUCUUGAUGUUUCUUAUUAUUUUUUUAUAUUUAUAAACGUCGUUUAAGAUUAAGAAGAAAAAAA